UGGCACAGUUCAUAUAUAACACAGGGACGCUUGAAGCUUCUCUUCAGUGGCGAGGGAGUGUCACUUGGGUUGGAACCCAAAGACCCAUUUCACUCUAAGCUCAGAUCAGUUCAAACCCACAUGCGCGGGCUAAGGUUUCUUGGCUCUACAACUCGACUUUUCUUCUCUUCUUCUUCUUCUUCUUCUUCUUCUUCAUCCGUGAACAACAAGUCCAGCAAUGUUAGUGAUGAUGAAGGUGUUUAUGACGAGGAUGAUGGUGUUGAUUAUGAUGACGAGUUUGAGAGGGAUGAUUUAGCUGAUUUCAGAGGGCUGGUCUUGGACAUCUCAUACGUACAGGCCAAUCAAUGUUGUCUACUGGAAGCGUGCUAUUUGUUUGGAAUCCAUGGAAAAGCAAUCAAUAAACCAGCUGCGGUCCUUCAUUGGCUUAAUCAUGCAAAUAUUGAUGCCAAGUACUUCGUAGUAAUUCUUGAUGCUGAUAUGAUCUUCAGAGGCCCAAUUACUCCGUGGGAGUUCAGCGCAGAACGCGGGCGGCCAGUUUCAACCCCCAUACGAGUAAGAUAUAUAGAUAUACUGUAAUUUUUAUGUUCCUAAUGCAUAUAGAUGAUCUCCGGAAUUUUGCUAUGCUAUGGUGGCUGCAUAAAACUGAGGAUGUCUGUGCUGACAAAGCUCAUUAUGUGACAAAAUAUCGCAGGAGAUAUAAUAAAUCUGGGUGGAUUAGUGAGAUCUAUGGUUAUUCAUUCGGUGCAGCAGAGGUACUCGCCACAACGUGAUCGGCUUGGCAUAGAAUUUGCGAAGACACUGAAUGAGGCUCUACGUCUUCAUCAUGGGAGAAAAAACUGCACUGAUCUGAGUACCCCAUCCACCUCAAACUGCACUAAAAACACAAACACAACCAAUUUUCUUUAAGUUGCCUUCGAUCAAGUUUUGCCAUUGCAAAAUCUGCCUCUUCCUCGAACACAUUUUAGAUUUGUCAAAAUGUAUAUUCAGGAUAUCUCAUUUUACUUAUAAUCCCUGAUGAUUGUUUUGAUUUUUUUUAUUCAACUUCUACCAAAUAUGGAUUCAGGGGACCCCGUUCC